CGCAGCCUGCGGGUAUAUGAAACCCUAAUUUUAAUACCUUUGCAAGGAACUCGGCACUUUUUUGGUAAUUAUAUCUACCGAAUUGGAAAAACUAAUCCCUAAAAUAAAACUCGGUCAUCUCUGCUUAUAUAUGUUAUAUAUAAAGUGAUCGCGUACACUAAUCCGCAGCCGAUUUUUCUUUUUCAAAUCUGAGUUGUAAAGAAUUGAUAAAAUGGCGAAUCCAAAGGUCUUCUUUGACAUAGCUAUUGGAAAGGCAAAAGCUGGCCGUAUUGUGAUGGAACUCUUUAAGGAUGUCGUUCCAAAAACAGCUGAAAACUUUAGGUGCCUCUGCACUGGUGAGAAAGGGAUUGGAUUAUCUGGGAAACCCCUGCACUAUAAAGGUUCUCAAUUUCACAGGAUCAUUCCAGAGUUCAUGUGUCAAGGUGGGGAUUUCACCAGACGUAAUGGGACUGGUGGAGAGUCCAUUUACGGAACAAAGUUUACAGAUGAGAAUUUUGUGAAGAAGCACACUGGUCCUGGGAUUUUAUCAAUGGCAAAUUCAGGUCCAAACACCAAUGGUUCUCAGUUUUUUAUCUGCACAGAAAAAACCAGUUGGCUUGAUGGAAAGCAUGUGGUUUUUGGUAAGGUUGUGGACGGUUACAACAUUGUUGAAGCAAUGGAAAAAGUUGGUUCACAUGCUGGAACUCCUAAAGCUGCUGUCGAGAUUGAGGAUUGUGGCGAGGUAAAAGAGAAUUAAACAUCAUUUAGAUGUCAAGAAUUAAAUGUUGUCGUCUACAGUAGUUUUUCCUUUUGAUCACAAAGCUGGGGCAUUUGCUUGAUCUCACCGUAGGAAUUUAAUAGUAGUAUUACUUGGGUUAUAUGCUGAAAAACAAGUUGGUGUUCUAUUGUGACCAAUAAUUUGACUUGCUUUAAGACACUGUGCAUGGAUAUGCUAGUGGAUGAAGGUUGAACAUCUUUUUUGUGUAUCAUGAUUCAUGAAUAGGCUUAGAGGCAGUUAAGAUGGUUGAGAUUGUUGCCCUUUAACCUAAACACUCAACUCAGGCCUCUUCAUCUAAUCUCAUGGGAAUGCUUGUCUUUCAUUUUCAAGAGUUGCUUUUGAUCAUAAGAAAUUUACAUGGAAUAUGUUGGCUUUUUGCA